AUGCAUAACCAAGUUACGCCCAUACAUCCAGGGGGCCCUCAUAAUAAUGGUCGUGCCCUGAGGCCCAGACCGCCAGGGGGCCCUCAUAAUAAUGGUCGUGCCCUGGGGCCCAGACCUCCAAGGGGCCCUCAUAAUAAUAGUCGUGCCCUGGGGCCCAGACCGCCAGGGGGCCCUCAUAAUAAUGGUCGUGCCCUGGGGCCCAGACCUCCAGGGGGCCCUCAUAAUAAUGGUCGUGCCCUGGGGCCCAGACCGCCAGGGGGCCCUCAUAAUAAUAGUCGUGCCCUGGGGCCCAGACCGCCAGGGGGCCCUCAUAAUAAUGGUCGUGCCCUGGGGCCCAGACCUCCAGGGGGCCCUCAUAAUAAUAGUCGUGCCCUGAGGCCCAGACCGCCAGGGGGCCCUCAUAAUAAUGGUCGUGCCCUGGGGCCCAGACCUCCAGGGGGCCCUCAUAAUAAUGGUCGUGCCCUGGGGCCCAGACCGCCAGGGGGCCCUCAUAAUAAUAGUCGUGCCCUGAGGCCCAGACCGCCAGGGGGCCCUCAUAAUAAUAGUCGUGCCCUGGGGCCCAGACCGCCAGGGGGCCCUCAUAAUAAUGGUCGUGCCCUGGGGCCCAGACCUCCAGGGGGCCCUCAUAAUAAUAGUCGUGCCCUGAGGCCCAGACCGCCAGGGGGCCCUCAUAAUAAUGGUCGUGCCCUGGGGCCCAGACCUCCAGGGGGCCCUCAUAAUAAUGGUCGUGCCCUGGGGCCCAGACCGCCAGGGGGCCCUCAUAAUAAUAGUCGUGCCCUGAGGCCCAGACCGCCAGGGGGCCCUCAUAAUAAUGGUCGUGCCCUGGGGCCCAGACCUCCAAGGGGCCCUCAUAAUAAUAGUCGUGCCCUGGGGCCCAGACCGCCAGGGGGCCCUCAUAAUAAUGGUCGUGCCCUGGGGCCCAGACCGCCAGGGGGCCCUCAUAAUAAUGGUCGUGCCCUGGGGCCCAGACCGCCAGGGGGCCCUCAUAAUAAUGGUCGUGCCCUGGGGCCCAGAAAGCCAGGGGGCCCUCAUAAUAAUGGUCGUGCCCUGGGGCCCAGACCGCCAGGGGGCCGUCACUGA